CUUUGCGACUUCAGACGCGCCAAGACGCGCCGUGGGCGCAAGUAUCUGGCGGAACGCGCGCCCAAGAUCCACGAAAAUCCCAAGCAAAUUCUUUACAUGCACGGUUCCAAGUGCUCUCAGAUCCUUCAGGACAUCUUUCGCGAUUUGAACGCCCUAACUGCCCCGCAAUCCCGUAUCUUUUCCCGCAAACGCGAUCUGCGCCCCAUGGAUGACGAAUCGCAGCUCGAGGCUCUUUCCAACAAGCUCGACGUCUCCUUGUUUGCCAUUGGCUCAAGCAACAAGAAACGCCCCAACUGCAUCACUCUGGCACGCACCUUCAACCAUCGCAUGUUGGACAUGUGCGAGCUCCUUGUCACGGAUUUCAAGCCCAUGCACAAGUUCAAGGAUGUAGAAAAGCCAGCAGCCAUGAACAAGCCGGCAAUGGUUUUCCAAGGCAAUGCGUGGACCCAAGACAUCAACAUGCGCAGCCUCAAGACUCUUCUCAUUGACUUCUUCCGGGGUCCUGUCGUCGAAAGCGUCAAUCUUGCUGGCAUUGAUCGGGCCCUCGUUUUCUCUGUCGAGGAGGACCGCAUCGUCAUGACCCAGUACCGCAUCGACUACAAAAAGUCGGGUCUGCGAUUGCCGCUUGUCGAGCUCACCGAGUGUGGCCCCUUCCUUGACAUGAAGCUUGGCCGCCCCCGCUGGGCCGCCCCAGAACUCAUGAAGGAGGCACUCAAGCAACCCAAGCAGCUCAAGGUCAGUCUUGAGAAGGUCAAGAACGUCGAAUACACGGGACUCGGCGACAAGUUGGGCCGUGUUCACAUGGAGCGCCAAGACCUGUCACAGCUGCAGACACGCAAGAUGAAGGCGCUCAAGAAGGGCAAGCGCUCGGCCGACGAUGCUGGCGCCGCCGAGCGUCCCGAAACCGACGAGUAA